AUGUCCAACGAUAAAAACGCCCAAGAGCUCCUAAAAUGGGGUCUAGCCAACUCCACCUCGGUCGCCUCAGGCGGAUCAAUCGAGCAGAUUUCAUCCGACAUCUCCUCCGGUCGCCGUCCCGACCUUUCCGAUCCACGCCUAUACGAUGCUAUCAUGGGCAAAAGCGAAGCUGUAAUGAUGCGCGAGGAACUCACCACUGCAACCACGCCUUCCUUACCCCUUUCCGAUCGGGUUACCGCCUUGGACAACUUUGAGAUGUUAAUCGAGCAAAUCGACAAUGCGAACAAUAUCACCAGCAUGAACAUGUGGCAGCCUAUCAUUUCUUUGCUCGGUGCGAGCGAACCUGAGAUCCAAUCUGCAGCCGCAUGGAUCGUCGGCACGGCGGUUCAAAAUAACGACAAGGCACAGGUGGCAGUGUUGCAAUACGACACGGUCCGAGCGUUGGUGCAUCUUUUGCAAAGCGGAAAAGAAGAGGUUAGGCGGAAAGGGAUGUAUGCGUUGAGCAGUUUACUGAAGCAUAAUCCGAUGGCUAUGCAUCAAUUUGUAAAAAUCGAUGGAUGGAAGGUGCUGAGGGAUGCACUGAUCGAUCCUGAUAUCAACUUACGACGCAAGACAGCGUUUUUGAUCAAUGCACUUUUGUUGCAGGAUCCCAAUGACUUCGACUCUAUCCCUCGAUCAAAUAGCGCUACAACGAAGAGUACAGCAACAGCACUAGCCCCCACUCCAGAUAGAACCGCACCACUGGCACCAGGCCCGGCACCAGCAGUCCCACUCGAAACGGGACCGGCAACCCAACUGACCUCGAUCGUGCAUCCAAACGUAGCGCGAUCCCUGCUCACCUCUGGAAUCCUUACAACUCUCAUCUCCUCCCUCCUACCCCCUGGCCAUCCGGCAAUUCAACAAGACUUGGCACCUCCACCUUGCGGACCAGAUGGAGAUACGGAUGGCAGAACAGAUCUCGAUUUCGCCGAAAAAGCAACAACUGCUGUUCUCACUUUGACCUGCAAACUCCCUCCUCCCACCUCAACCGCAUUUCAAGAAGCAAUCGACACCAAAAAGCAAUCUCUAUUCAAGGCUCUUCUUUCCGAACUGCAAGGGAUGCCAUUAAACCCCGACCAGGACGCAAAGACUAGAUGGGAGCAACUAGGAAUUGAUAAACAAGUCUUUCAUCACUUUCACCAGAAUGUUUCUGCUUGGUAA